GCUCAUCAAGACACGUCUUUACCCAAGAAAGCAAAAUCAGGGAGCCUUAAACGAGAGGAAAAGGCAGAGAGGAAAAGAAAGCAAGGAGAGGGAAGACAACUCUCACACAUUUCUUUCAGAGGAAAGAGCUGUGGCGAUGGCAGUGCGCGGGGGACGGCGCAGGCUCCUCCUUGCCCCCUCUGCCCUCUACCAAAUGUGAAGGGCUCCUCAGGGGGUGUGUGAGCGCCAAGCGAAAGGCUGACACGGGAGUGGUGUGGGAUGGGAGCAGAGCGAGGAGAGAAGGAGCGUCCUGCCUGCAGUACUGUCACAGCCAAGCGGAGCAGCAGCAUCGAGCCACUGUGAGAAGAGUGAGGAGCCCGGAAGCACACACACCUGAAGGAGUACCACAGGGAUUACAGAGCAGCAGGAGCAGUCUGACAGCACGGAGAAAGUUGUUCUUAAAAGAGAACAAAACCCUGCAGCGCCUUUCCAACACCUCAACGGACAGCUCCACUUCUGCAAGUGCACUUAGACUGUGUGUGUGUCCCUCCGACAGAAACAUUCUUUAUUUGAAUGAGAGGUUUAAUGUGUCACUGCUGUUUGAGCGAAGCGGGAGGUUGCCUGUGAUGGACAUUGAUUUGAUGAUGAAUGUGUCUGCCGUGCGCGCAUGAGCCUCUCUGUCAACACCUCUGACCUCUCUGUGGAUUUCCGUGGACUUGUGUCUGGACUUGAUUGUUACAAACCAGGUGGACUUUGCAAUUCUCAGAGGAUCCCGGUCAGAAUUAAGUGGAAGAGCCUGUUCACCUCCAUCCAACAUGCGACCACUCACAUACAGAUUCAGCUACCUGUUUCUACAUGUAUUUGCAUUUUGCUACUACGCUCAGGUAACCAAUCAGUCCCCGCCUAAUUUCACGCAGCAUGUAAGCGAGCAGAGCAAAGUGACGGACCGCGUGAGCCGCAGGUUGAUCCGGAUCUACCAACUGUACAGCCGGACCAGCGGCAAGCACGUGCAGGUCCUGCCCAACAAGAAGAUCAAUGCCAUGGCCGAGGAUGGAGAUGUUCACGCUAAACUCAUUGUGGAAACAGACACAUUUGGGAGCCGAGUGCGCAUCAAGGGAGCUGAGACAGGCUUCUACAUCUGCAUGAACAAGAGGGGGAAGCUCAUCGGCAAGAGAAAUGGACAAGGCCGUGACUGUAUCUUCACCGAGAUUGUCCUGGAGAACAACUACACAGCACUGAGGAAUGCCCGCUACGAGGGCUGGUAUAUGGCCUUCACACGCCGUGGGCGGCCAAGGAAGGGCUCACGGACGCGGCAGCACCAACGUGAGGUCCAUUUCAUGAAGAGGCUGCCGAAGGGGCAGCAGCCCGCCCAUUCAAGCCACCACCGCCCUUUCGACUUCAUCCACUACCCCUUCAGUCAAAGGACUAAACGUACACAAUACUCGUCAGGGCGCUGAGGAGGAGAAAGAUAGAAAAGACAGAGAGAAAGUGGAGAAACUGAAAGACUGACUGAUUAACCAGCAGCUGACACACUCCUCUACUCUCCAAAAGAACCUCUAGAGACAUUUUUUAUACUGAGCAUUACUAUAUCUUAAUGUGUAGUUUGAUUUCUAUUUUUCUCAAAGUAAAAGAAAAAGCUGUUCAUAGACAAAAAACCAUGAGAAAUCUAUUUUUUUACUCCAGACUUAGUACUGACCUGUGUAAAAAGAAAAAAACAAAAUAGUUUUGUUUGUAAGUGUAUUUUUAGAUGCACAUAACUCCUUGUCUUCCUUAUCGGGGACACCUUAGUAGAGUGCAUUGUGCUGUUGUUUUUGUUUGUUUGUUUCAAUUAGACCAGUGGAGUCAAUUUUUGGACUCUUGCCUGCUGCUCAAGGAGACUUGAAGGGCCCUGAUUGACCGCAUUGCCAGGGAACACUGCGCUCAGAGUCACAAACUGUCACACACUGCGUUGGAGAGCGUUGGGGUUCAGUAAACAUUGAAUAAGCACGUGAUGGCAACACUGCAGUGUUUAGGUUUUUUGCUAGAUAUCUGUAUCCUGUCUUGGAUCCCUCUGUAUUUUAUUCACACAAUUCAAGUGAACAGAGCUUAAAUAGCAUCUGAUGGAACAAUGUGGCAGCUACAUUUGAUAAUCACAGGUUUCCUGUUCUGACUGUAAUGUUGAUUUGUGCAAAGUGCAUUGAAGUGUAAGGAACCCCUCAACACACCAACUACCGCUCACCCUCUUGUGUCCUUGUUGCCCCUGAAUGUCUGUUUUUAUACAUAUAUAAAUAUAUUUUUAUUUGAGGAUCUGUAAAAUAAUUUUAAGGAUGGAAUAUUUAUUUAAAAUGUGUAAUAAAUGUAUAUUAAAUGCUGAUAUUAAACUCUUGUUUGAUAAAUGCUUGCUAUGGACCCAUCUGUGAAACCCUGACACGUUUACUAAUCAGCCUUAUCAUUGUCCUAAGCUGUGUGUCAAUAUACUUUUG